GAAAGUAUCAGUGACUGUGAUAACUUGCGCGAGCUAUCGGUGCGAGACAACGUAUUCUGCCAAGAAGAAGAGAGUCUAUCCACUUUAGCCAAAAAGGUGAAGGAAAAAAUCCCCAAAAUCGUCUGUCUGAACUCGACUUUCAUCGAUACUCUACUGAACUCGGACAGGAUUUCGAAAACACAAAACGGUAUCACCCAUCAACGUGAAAUUUACAAACUGAUCGAGGACCAACUAACUCAUCUUACUACACUGACAGCACCGCUGGAAGAGUCACUGCAUAGAAGCUUCAGUGCCCUACAGGAUGUGCUCAGUCGACUCGAUCUCGAAGAGAGUGCGGAAGAAUCGCAGGAAUUGGCCACAGAAGAUCAGCUAGAAAAGGAUCCUCUAGAGCUUAUUGAAGAUUGCCUAACUCCAAAAGCCUCCCCAGCUGCGGGCGACCUCAUCUGA